AUGGAAGCAACCACCGAUUUAUUAAAACCAGUAACCGAAAUUUAUCGACAACACUUAGUUCAAUAUAAAAGAAAAAAAGAUACAGCUCAAGAUAUUCCCGUUUUCAUUUAUAUAAGAUCAACAGUCUAUCGUUGUCGUUCAUCUGUUCUACCACCAGUUCUGAAAAGCUUAAAAGACAUCAUUAUACUUGAUAGUUUAAAAUUCUUAGAAAAUGGCGACCCGUUUGUAAUAUCUGACAAUCCGGCACCACAUCGUCUAAUAGCAUUAUGUUAUCCACAGAUUCCUAUUUUUAGUCGUGUAUCAUUUUACCGGUAA